AAUCUACAAGUCCUCAAGACGCGUGCGUUUUGGCUUUGGUUUCGAAAACCUUAAUUUGAAUCUACUGUCCAAACCGAUAUUGUGUGGGAGAAGUUUAUUAUUCCACCCGAGUAUGAAUCUUUGCGUUCUCAAUCGCAAGAUUUCUCAUCGAAGAAGGAGCUCUUUUUCGCUAAUUCGCGACGAAUCUGGUUUUAAUCAACGUUAGUAAAAGGGUUUUGUGCAAAAAAAACCCUCCAUCUCCGAAAAAUGCAGAUUAAUCCUGCGAAAUCCAAAAUAAUACGCAAUAUAAUCCUUAUCAAAUCUCACCAAAAUGCAGAUUAAGAGAUGGUUCCAAAACCUCAAAGAAAGGCUCAUCAAGUCGGGAGUAAGUAAGCGGAUGAUAAAAAAAUUAGGUUUUGCGGUUUUGAUUUGUGUUUUUUAGGAUUUUAUUCCAAAAGUAUCUUCUUCUCUCUCUGGAUUUUAACAUUUUUUGCUGGAUAAGUUUCAGAGAUGUCUCUUUUAAUCAAUCUCAGAUGAAAAAAAAAAAAAAAGAAAAGACAAGUGGCUAUGGGGCAUCUUCGUAAAUUCGUAGAACGACGUAUCCCUUAAGAGUUAAGAAUAGUCUUGCACGUCUCUAAGCUUCCGAACAAAGACAUAAUCUCUUUCAUAACCGAUGGGAGAUAGCGUUUCAGAGUCGUCGCCGUUCGAUUCCUUGCCAGUGGACUGCAUCUCUAACAUAAUCUCUUUCACAAGUCCUCUAGACGCAUGCAUCGUCACUUCGGUUUCAAAAACCUUUGAAUCGCGGCCAAGUCAAAUAUCGUAUGGGAAAAGUUUCUUCCGGCAGAGUUUGAAUCUCUGGUUCAUCCAUCGCCAAUUUUCUUGUCAAACAAGGAACUCUAUUGCGCUCUCUGAUACUAUCCUUUUCUGAUCGACGAUGGCAAAACGGUAUUUCUACCUAUCUAUGAUCAUAUACAUUAGUUGUUGCACAUUUUUUUUAUAACAUUUGAGAAUAAUGACAUGUCUGUCUUCUUCAAAUUGUAACCUCUGCUAGAGAAUUAUGACUACAAAACAAAAACACGAUUAUUUCAGAAAAUUUCUGCUAUUUUGGGAGCAACUUGUAUGUAACUUUGAAGUUUUAAACCAUUUGAGAAUAGUGCUGCUAUCAAGUAUUCAUAUGAUUAUUUGGGAUAUUUUUCCGGAAAUCAAAGAGUGUAUGGUUAGAGAAAGAGUGGGAAGAGGUGUAUCAUGUUAUCAGCGAUGAACUUCUCAAUCGCAUGGGGAGAUGAUCCUCGCUAUUGGCAAUGGAUUUCAAUCCCUGAAUCUAGGUACCCUUUUUCAUUAUCUUUGCAUUAAUGCGGUUGUAUAAUGUGCCCUAGGUUAUUUUUGUUUUCUUUGCCUCAAUUAUGUAGGUUUGAAAAAGUUGCGGAGCUUCUCCAGGUUUGUUGGUUCGAUGUUCGUGGCAAGACAAAUACUCGAGUCCUAUCUCCAAAAACUCAUUACUCGGCUUACAUGGUGUUCAAGAAAGCGGAUCAAUGUUAUGGCUUUAAGGAUGAGGCCAUAGAAGCUGUAGUUGGAAUGGUGGGACAAGAAGCUUCUAGAAGAUAUAUAUGCUUUGAUGAGGCUAUAGAUGGGGAAUUUCAAAGGGGAGAGAGAGGAAUGAGGCCCCUAGUGAAACCAGAGGAGAGAGAAGAUGGGUGGAUGGAGAUUGAGCUUGGGGAAUUCUUCAAUGAAGGAGGACUAAUGAACAGUGAGGAAAUUGAGAUGGGUGCUUUAGAGACUAAGCGGCUCAAUGGGAAGUAUGGCUUGAUCAUCCAAGGAAUUGAAAUCCGUCCUGCGAAAAUCCGGUAAUGAAAUGGCGAGAACACUGGUUUACAUGAAUGUAAUGUUUGUUUUAU